UGUCAAAAAGUGGGAGGCAUCUAAAAACGACACGUUUGUGUUUUAUUCAGAAAAUGGAGGGAUAUUUGUCAGUGUGUUAUGGAAUACAAAAAAAAAUAGAUACAAUUAACAACAAAAAAAUAGAAAAAUAAACAGUAAAAAAAAGGAGUUGAAAAAUUAAAAAACAGGAAAAACAAGUGUUUUUCCCGUAUGAAAUAAAAAGCAUUGUUUCGUGGAAACAGACAGAGCAGAAUAAAUUGAAAUCGACAGAAGCUACGUAUAGGACACGACUAUAGUGCAUAUAAAUAUGACACGUGCUCGGCCUGAACAAAUGGAGAUGGAUUAUAUGCAGCAAGGUAACAUGAGUCAUGAGCACAUGAUGCACGAGAAAAUGGGCCGUGAUCACAUGAUGCACGAGAAGAUGGGCCAUGAUCACAUGAUGCACGAGAAGAUGGACCAUGAUCACAUGAUGCACGGAAAAAUGGAUCAUGAACACAUGAUGCACGGGAAUAUGGGGCAUGAACACAUGAUGCACGGGGACAUGGAACACAACAAAAUGCAUCAUAUGUCUCCGUACUUCACAUUACAUUUUCAAGGCGAUUUCCUCAUCAAAAAUGUGAAGAUAUCAGCUCCAAGUGGUCUGGUGUUAGCGAUGUUAUCGGUAAUGGUGCUGACAGCGUUGUUGGAAGGCAUCAAUUACUGGCUCCUCCUCAAACAGGCUGCCAGACCAGCGAUCUUUGUUAACAAAUCAAAGCGUUCCAGUUCUCAAGUGGACGGCAGUCUACACGUGCUCUACGCCAUCCACAGAAUCCUGACAGUAGCCCUCAGUUACACAGUGAUGUUGUGCGUCAUGUCAAUGAACGCUUGGAUUCUCGUGUCGGCGGUUAUUGGGGCUGGGGUUGGUUACCUCCUCUUGCGGCCGGCCGUUGCCUCCUGCUUUACGGUCAGCGUGCCCGUGAAAAAUGUGAGGGAGGUCAAGGUCGCUGCGAAUCGAGUUAACGGAACGGGUGGAACGGAAGAAGGGGAAAUGGACAGUUUUCUAGAGGAAGAUUAUUCAAAUAACGCUAAUAAUGUGAUUCAUAAUAACUUUCCGACUGAUGGGCUGUUGCAAAACUAUACAUGUGUCGAAACUGUUUAGUUACAUAUUCCGUCAAAUUUGAUGUAUUGUAUACUUACUACAUACAUUGUUAAAAUGUAAUUUCCCGUCAGGCACACGGAGUCAGUUUGACGAAGCUUACAUAAAAGCGGUCGCUUUCUGGGAGCCCAAGCGGUAUGCAUACAAAUAUGCAUUGUUUUAACGUGUACGCCCUUGUGUAUGAGGACUUGUGCAUUUUUCUCCGUCUUGAUAGCAACAUGUUCAUUGUUGUCAAAAGAUAGAUUCAUUUGAUUUUUCAACUGACGGAUGCACAGACGUGAAGUUAACCGAGAUAUUUGAGACUGACCGGCAUUAAACUGGAUCUCGCUUCUCACCAAUGCGACCCGGGUUCGAUUCCCGGCCUGGGCGCAUGAGAGUUUGGUUAGUCGUCACCAAGCCGAACAAGUGGGUCUUCUCCGGGUACUCCGGUUUCCCCCACAACACAAGACCACACUCUCGCGCAACAUCGUGCCAACGAGAGUGACUUAGUUAUAGUAUAAGCUAUCACAGCUUCCUUCACAAUCGUUGUAAAAUAUAUAAUGUUUAAAGUAAACUGGGUCUCGGCAUUCAGUCUACUCUGCCUGCACGUCUAGCAUAACGACCUUAUAAAACGGUUUAGGUAGU